AUGUGGCUUUCGGUUAUAAAGCCUAGUAUGGAAGCCAGAUUCUUUGGGUGCAAUCUUAAAGACUGGUGCUGCAUAAACUUAAGGAAUCAAAAUGGGGAUGGUCAUGGCCCCUGGAGGGAGGUCUUUGUGGUUAUCUGCUGGCUCCUUUGGAAACGAAGGAAUGAGAGAGUGUUUGAAAACAAUUUGACCCACACUCACGAACUUAUUAGCAAAGCUCGAGCAAUCGUGUCAAGCUUCAACAAGGCCAAAGUUCAACUACAAAGGGUCAAUAUUAGUGGUGCUGCUGUUCAUGAGGAAAGGAAUACCAAAAGGAUAGACAAUGAUACCAUUACUGUCCAGGUGGAUGGAGCCUUCUCGCAGAGGACUGGGAAGGCAAGUUGUGGAGGAACUAUUCGUAACACAGAUCAUCAAAUUCAAGAAGCUUUUAUGUUCAGUAUGAUAAACGGUGACCCUUUGGUUGCGGAGCUGUGGGCGUGCCUUAUUGGGCUCAAGCGUGCAUGGGACAGGGGUCACAGAAAAGUUUUGUUACUUAGUGAUUCUUUAGAAGUAGUCAGGCUUAUAAAUGAUGGUGCACCAGAACUUCAUGAGAACUAG